AUGUCCGAUCGUUUGGGGCAAAUAACCAAGGGCAAGGAUGGGAAAAGCAAGUAUUCAACGCUCAGCCUGUUUGAUAAGUAUAAAGGAAAAUCAGUAGACGCAAUCAGAUCCUCAGUUAUUCCUAGACAUGGCUUACAGAGUCUCGGGAAAGUUGCCACAGCCCGGCGUAUGCCACCGCCCGCAAACCUGCCAAGCUUGAAGUCUGAAAACAAAGGAAACGACCCCAACAUCGUUAUAGUACCCAAGGACGGGACGGGAUGGGCAAACAAGCAGGAUCAGCAAGACCCAAAGAGUUCCAGUGCGACGGCCGCUCAGCCGCCGGAGUCGCAGCCGCAGCCGGGUUUGCAGAAAUCUGUCUCCAAUUUACAGAAGCCGACUCAGUCAAUCAGUCCGGAGAACACAAGUACAGUGCCAGGUGGACCAAAGUCAUGGGCACAGCUGAAUGGAAAGCCAGCAGGACACGAAGGUGGUUUAAGGGGCUCAAGCCGACUCUUAUCCUUCUCUCCCGAGGAAUUUCCGACGCUGAAAGCAGCUGGAGGGCAGGACAAGGCUGGCAAAGAAAAGGGCGUCUUAGAUCUGUCGUAUGGGCCCGGACCAAGCCUCCGCCCUCAGAAUGUGACCAGCUGGAGGGAGGGUGGUGGGCGAAACAUAAUUUCUGCCACGUCUCUGAGCGCCGCCCCCACUGAGCUGGGCAGCAGGAACGCGAGUGCGGGAGACGGAGCCCCCUCCUCGGCAUGCACCAGCGACUCCACGGACCCCUCUCUCCGCCCGGCCCAGCCUGCCCGCAAAGGGGCUUCACAGUUCAUGGGGAAUGCAUACCACCCACCUACAUACCACGACAUGCUUCCUGCUUUUAUGUGUUCGCCGCAGUCCUCCGAGAGCCCGGGCACCGCGGAGCGAGCCUCCUUCCCGCCCCCGCAGCUCCGCCUGGAGCCCCGCGUCCCGUUCCGGCAGUUCCAGCUGAAUGAGCAGGACGGGAAAGACAGCCGGCUGGGGACGGCCCGCCCGCCCCGCCCGCUCCGGCAGCUGGUGGAGCGGGCGCCGCGGCCCACCAUCAUCAACGCCGAGAACCUCAAGGGCUUGGACGACCUGGACACGGACGCCGACGACGGCUGGGCAGGCCUCCAUGAGGAAGUGGACUAUUCGGAGAAGUUGAAGUUCAGUGAUGAUGAAGAGGAGGAGGACGUGGUGAAGGACGGCAGGCCACAGUGCUGGGACCCGAGGAGGCCGCGGGGGCUGUCAAUGAGCUCUGCAGACAGCGCUGAUGCCAAGCGUGCCCACGAGGAAGGAAAGGACUGGGGCGAAACAGCGGGCAUGGCUCGUAUCGUCCGGAAGGUGCCAGAACCUCAGCCACCUUCCAGGAAGCUUCACAGCUGGGCCUCAGGCCCUGACUACCAGAAGUCCCCCGUGGGCAGCGUGUUCCGGCAGCAGUCCGUGGAGGACAAGGAGGACAAGCCGCCGCCACGGCAGAAGCUCAUCCAGUCGGAGAUGUCCGAGGCCGUGGAGCGCGCCCGGAAGCGCAGGGAGGAGGAGGAGCGCCGCCGCCGGGAGGAGCGGCUGGCCGCCUGCGCCGCCAAGCUCAAGCAGCUGGACCAGAAGUGCAAGCAGGCCCAGAAGGCCGGCGAGGCGCCCCGGCCGGCGGAGAAGGAGGCGCCGCCGCAGGAGAACGGCCCCGCCGUCCGCAAAGGCUCCCCCGAGUUCCCUGCCCAGGAAGCCCCCAGCGCGUUGCCAGAAGAGGCCUCCCCAGCGCCUGCGGCUGUGGCUCAGAGCGGCGGCAGUGAGGAGGGGCCCGGGGAGGCGGGGUCCCCCGCGCAGGAGUUCGGCAAGUACCAGAAGUCCCUUCCUCCCCGGUUCCAGCGCCAGCAGCAGCAGCAGCAGCAGGAGCAGCUGUACAAGAUGCAGCACUGGCCGCAGGUGUACCCUCCGCCCUCGCACCCGCAGCGCACCUUCUACGCACAUCACCCGCAGAUGCUGGGCUUCGACCCCCGCUGGAUGAUGAUGCCCUCCUACAUGGACCCGAGGAUCACGCCCACGCGCACCCCCGUGGAUUUCUACCCCCCGGCCCUGCACCCCUCCGGACUGAUGAAGCCCAUGGUGCCCCCAGACUCCGUCAGCGGGGCGAGCUGUCGCUCUGAAGAGCAGAGCCGGGGCCCCCAACUGCAGGAGAGAAAAGUGACGGCCCUCGACCCAGCCCCGGUGUGGAGCCCCGAGGGCUACAUGGCCCUGCAGAGCAAGAGCUACUCGCUGCCGCCCCCAAAGGCCAGCGACGCUUUGGCCAUGGACAUGCACGUCAGGACCCCGGACGAGGCCUUGCCCGGAGGUCACAGCGGCCACUACCCCCUGGAGCGGGCUGUCCAUGCCACCUCAGACACCGAAGCCGCCUGUGAGAAGGCAGAGGAGGCCUCCCUGGCUGCUCCGAGGGUGGGCGAGCAGGGAGAGGCCAUGCAGCAGUUUGACCUGAACUACGGAAAUUCCAUCCUCGAGAAUUGUGGGUCCAGCCCCGGGGAGGACACGGAGGUGGGCCCCAUGGUGGGUGAAGGCUUCAUCGAAAUCCUGACCAAGAAGCAGCGCCGCCUGCUGGAAGAGGAGAGGAGGAGGAAGGAGCAGGCUGUGCAGGUACCUGUCAAAGGUCGGAGCCUUGCCUCUCGCAUUCCGCCUCGGUUUGCGAAAAAGCAGAACAACCUGGGCCUGGAGCAAGGCGAUGUGCCCGUGCCAGGCGGCAGCCUGGGCACCGAGAUCUGGGAGAGCAGUGGCCAGGCCCUGCCCGGCCAGGCCUCAACCAGUGACUCCUGGACUAAAGCCGCCACCGCCUUCAACGGCUCCGAGUCCGGCUCUGCCGAGGGCUUUAAGAGCAGCCAGGGAGACAGUGGUGUGGACUUGAGCGCCGAGUCUCGAGAGUCGUCCGCGACCUCCUCGCAGCGCAGCUCGCCGUACGGCUCUCUGAAGCCGGAGGAGAUGAGCGGGUCCACCCUGGAGCCCAAGGCUGACGGCCACAAGGAGCAGGCCCAGAAGCAGCCUGAGCAGAAGGACUCGGAACAAGGCUCCACGCAGAGCAAGGAGCACCGGCCCGGACCCAUCGGCAACGAGCGCUCCCUCAAGAACAGGAAGGGCUCCGAGGCGGCCGAGCGCCUGCCCGGCGCCGCCGUCCCGCCGGUCAACGGGGUGGAGAUCCACGUGGACUCGGUGCUCCCGGUGCCGCCCAUCGAGUUCGGAGUCGGCCCGAAGGACUCGGACUUCAGCCUGCCGCCGGGCUCCGCGCCUGGGCCCGCCGGGAACCCAGUGGUCAAGCUCCAGGACGCCCUGGCUAGCAACGCCGGGCUGACACAGAGCAUUCCCAUCCUGCGGAGAGAGCACCACAUCCAGAGGGCCAUCGGCCUCUCCCAGAUGUCCUUCCCCACAGCCGACCUCACCCUGAAGAUGGAGUCUGCGCGGAAGGCUUGGGAAAACUCGCCCAGUUUGCCGGAGCAGAGCUCUCCGGGGGGCCCGGGCGCGGGCAUCCAGCCCCCGUCCUCGGUGGGCGCCUCCAGUGGGGUCAACUACAGCUCCUUCGGCGGCGUCUCCAUGCCGCCCAUGCCCGUGGCCUCCGUGGCACCGUCUUCUCUCCCAGGCAGCCACCUGCCGCCUCUCUACCUGGACGGCCACAUGUUUGCGAGUCAGCCCCGGCUGGUUCCCCAGACCAUACCUCAGCAGCAGAGCUACCAGCAGGCUGCCGCUGCCCAGCAGAUCCCCAUUUCCCUUCACACGUCUCUGCAGGCGCCAGCCCAGCUGGGGCUGAGGGGCGGGCUCCCCGUCUCCCAGUCACAGGAGAUCUUCAGCUCCCUGCAGCCCUUCAGGUCGCAGGUGUACAUGCACCCCAGCCUGUCGCCACCCAGCACCAUGAUCCUCUCCGGGGGCACAGCCCUGAAGCCUCCGUACUCGGCGUUCCCUGGCAUGCAGCCCUUGGAGAUAGUGAAGCCCCAGUCCGGCUCCCCCUACCAGCCCAUGAGCGGGAGCCAAGCCCUGGUGUACGAGGGCCAGCUCAGCCAGGCGGCCGGGCUGGGCGCCUCCCAGAUGCUGGAUUCCCAGCUCCCCCAGCUGACGAUGCCACUGCCCGGCUCCCAGCUGCCCCUGCCGCGCUACGGCUCCGGACAGCAGCCCCUGCUCCUGCCCCAGUCCAUCCAGCUGCCGCAGGGCCAGAGCCUCUCCGUGGGGGCCCCUCGCAGGAUUCUCCCGCCCGGGUCGCAGCCUUCCGUCCUCAGCACCAGCAGAGAGUCCUCUCAGAUGGAGAUGAAGGGCUUCCACUUUGCCGACAGUAAACAGAAUGUUCCUUCCGGAGGCUCCGUGCAGUCACCACAGACCUACAGGCCUAGCUCUGCUAGCCCCAGUGGGAAGCCCUCUGGAUCAGCAGUUAACAUGGGCUCUGUGCAGGGACACUACGCUCACCAGGCAAAACCACGAGUGGAUGAGAAGCCCGGCCUGGGAGCCGUGACCCUGCAGGAGGCCCCCUUGGCCGCCUCCCAGAUGAAGCGCACGGGAGCCAUCAAGCCUCGGGCAGUGAAAGUGGAGGAGAGCAAGGCCUGA